AUGCCGGCGGCGUUUAACUUCCAGCAUAUACCGACACUGGUGCAGAAUAAGAUAUUAAACUCGCAGACCAUGCUUAUUCCUAUAAUUAAGACGCCGGCGGCGGUAGAUCUUACUAAAGAGAUCUUUACGGUCAAGGGUGUCGAUAGAGUCCUGGUUAGCUCGAACGAUCUGUGUACGGACCUCGGCAUCCCUGGAAAGUACGAUAGCUCGUUAUAUCAACAUGCGGUUGCAAAGAUAUUCAAGGCUGGCAAGAAGGCAGGCAAACCAGUACUCACAUCUUCCUAUCUUGGACAGCUUUUUUUUUACGGACCCUCAAAAAAGCCCGUUACUCCACUAGGUCUUCGACCUCCCGAACUGAUUCUUACCGGAGCCGUUGAUAAUACUAUCGAUGUCUGGAGUUUCGGUUGCCUUUUCUUUGAACUUAUCACCGGACAGCCACUUUUCUGUAUACCGGGGUCCGAGUAUGAAAAUAAUGAUCAUCUUCUCUCUCUCACCGUCCGGCUCGGCGCCCUCCCGGACGAGCUUUUCAGGCACUGGGAGACUUCGUCGCUCUACUUUACGCCAGACAGGCAGCUCUUUAACUGUCAGCUUGGAGGAGUCGCUCCAGGAGAGGAACCGCUUAUGGUGGAGCAGACGUCUGAAAAGUGGCUACAAUUCCUAAAUCUAUAUUAA